UAAACAACACACUCGGCGUCACCAGCGUCAAACUACUGUCAACAACCUCGACGAUAGAAAGGUUUCAUUUAUCUCGGAGGGUACUUUUACUGCUUCGUAGCCGAACAGAAACGCCUAAUCUGCCUGGAAGUGAGUUGUAGCGAAAACGGAAGAAGAGAGAAGUGAAACCUCUAGCUGGGGCUCGACUUUUUUGGAAGUGGCUCCAAACAGUUGACAGACUACGCACUUGCUUCCUGUUGUCAGUGCGGCUGUUAAAUAUCCAGCGACGAGAUACGAUGUAAGAAAUAUCAAGAAAGGACGCUCAAACAGGUAAACGAGCCAGCGGACACCGUGUUGUGUUUGUUUUCUACAUGAGUGUGUCGGCAGGAUGUCGCUGAGUUCAGGCGGUUGGACCCCCGGCUACUCUCCGGACCAGUCCGCCGCCCUCCCCGCUCACUAUGGGGCCUCGCAGUCACAACUUGGCUGCCAAACUGUCCUCAUGUCGGUUCGGGUGUCAGUUUGUCACUCCGGUAUUCGGCCGCUGUGUCUUCCUGGAGCGGGCGAUGAGUCACUCCGCCUGCAGCUCAGCAUGGACCCGGGGAAAUCCGGGGAAUUCCGGCUGUCGCUCCAGGACAGCAGCGGGACUGGCCGCAGUGUGACCAUCGCUGAGUUUGACUUGAGGACAGUAAACUAUGAGGUGAAGUCACCAAAGUGCCAUGAGCUAAGUUUGGCGGCGCCUCCACAUGACCGCAUCAGCUUCAACUUCCGCUGUGAGCAGGAGGCCCAUGAGUGGGCGACGGUGGUGAUGUCUUCACUGAGAGAAGCACACAGAGUUGCCCCUCAGGAUAACGGUCCACCGCACCCCCCUGAUGUUCUCCAACUUCAGAACACCUUGGCUUUGCAACGAACAGAGGACACCUGCAUAGAGCUGACCCGAGCCAUUGAAGCAGGUGACAUGCAUUCUGCUUCUGUCUUUGCUGCCACCCUCGCCCGACAACAUGCGGCGCUCAAGAUUCAACCCUUUGCCAAAGACUAUGAAGACGCUGAAAUAAACUUGACUGUUGCGGUUGAGGAUUCUUCUUCAUCCUGUUGUGUCACUGUAAAAGUUUUCCCACAUAUGACAACAGCAGCACUGAAACAGCAGAUGUUUCUUGAGUACGGUUUCCACCCACGGGUGCAGCGCUGGGUGAUUGGCCAGUGUCUGUGCACUGACCAGCGCUCUCUGGCCUCAUAUGGGGUUCGUCAGGACGGUGACACGGCCUUCUUGUACCUCCUGUCAGCCCGUCAUGCUCGUUUAACCCACCAAGUCUUCCACCAGGACCAGGAGAGUGCCCUCCUGCUCAGUCCUCCAUCUCUGUCUCUCACCCCUCCUCCUCUCCCUGCUACCUCUGCAAACGGCCCCUCAUCUCUGGACAGAAGGCCUUACACCACACUGCCUCCCAGACUCCACACCAGCAGCAAAACUGGUGGGCCGGAGAGAGGACACAUCAAUGAGAUCAGAGAUCUCAUCAACUUAGAGAUGCCACAACUCAAUGAAGCACUGAGUCCCAACACAACCUCCACCCAGGGUUGGUCAUGCCCUUCUUGCACUUACAUUAACAAGCCAACGCGGCCUGGCUGUGAGAUCUGUAGCACAAACCGCCCUGAGAACUACGUCAUCCCAGGGGGAUACCGCCCCGAUGCACUGGAACUCAGACGGAUCCAACAGGAGAAGGAGGCUAUCAGACAGUACCAGCAGGCAAGGGAGGAGGAGCGCAGGGAGAAUUUUGCCCGGCUAGUGAUGAUGGAUGGACAAGACCUGCUGCCAAACCCCGAGUCUGUGGACUGUAGGAUCUGCUACGUGGACCUGAAGCCUGGAGAAGGGGUCCUGCUGAGGGAAUGUCUCCACUGCUUCUGCAGGGAGUGCUUAUGCUCAGUCAUCAUGCUGAGUGAGGAGCCGGAGGUGGCCUGUCCCUACAGAGACGACACAUAUUCCUGUUCCUGCUCCCUGCAGGAGAGGGAGAUCAGAGCUUUGGUGUCAGCAGAGGAGUAUGAGCGCUGGCUGCAACGAGGUCUCUCAGUGGCAGAGUCUCGAUGUGAGGGCAGCUACCACUGUGCCACCCCAGACUGUGCGGGCUGGUGUGUGUACGAGGACACAGUCAAUGUCUUCCACUGCCCUGUCUGCAGGAAACACAACUGCCUGAUUUGCAAAUCUAUCCAUGAGGGAAUGAACUGUAAGCAAUACCAGGAUGAUCUUGCAGCCCGUGCUAUAAAUGACUCAGCUGCCAGGAGAACAACACAUCUACUCAAGACCCUUGUGCAGUCAGGGGAGGCGAUGCACUGUCCCCAGUGUGGCAUCAUUGUGCAGAAGAGGGAUGGAUGUGAUUGGCUGCGCUGCACUGUCUGUCACACUGAGAUCUGCUGGGUAACCAGAGGACCCCGCUGGGGCCCGAGGGGUCCUGGAGACACCAGCGGAGGAUGUCGCUGCAACGUCAACAACCAGAAAUGUCAUCCUAAAUGCCAAAACUGCCACUGAGAAUCUUAAGAGUGGUUAGAUCGUAGAAGGGAAUUGGAGACUGAACUUGAAAUAUACUAUUUUCAUAAACAGAGAAAAAAAGUGGUACAAGGUGAAUAAAACAAGUAUAACUAAGCCGAAACUGCAGGAUUGUUAAAUACAAUGCUUCCUCCUUGUUAUGACUGGAAACUUUCUCACUUUAUUCUCAGCAAUUUCUAACCACCAGUUGUUCCCCUUGGCUUUUUAGUUCUGGCAGAGUAACGUAAAUUAUACGUUGACAUUCAUCUCUCACAAACAGAAAUGCAGACUGAUUUUAUUGUCAUCGUUCUGUAUACAUUAAAUUAUCACAUCUGACUGACUAAUGAUGAUAAGGUUGGUUACUAGUAUGCAGGGAAAGAGUAUUAACCUUCAAAUGAUUGCACUGCAAAUGUAGCAACACAAGUGUGUUUUUUAUGUGUCGGUAGUUACAUACCAGGAUGCUUUACAUCAAAGUGGCCUUAUUCUUGUGCACAAAAGCUGUAGCAGAGUGUUCAUAAUAGUGUUUUCUGGAAAACAAAAUCCUUGUUGUGUCUUUAAUAUGCAAUUUUCUGCAUGGAGAUAGAUCGAACAAGUUUGUGGAGUUCUAUAUGGAUAUAUAUUUUUUGUGUCUGUGUGAUAGUCUGCAUGUGUGCCUUGUCACCAAAGAGGUUUGAAACGUGUCAUUAAUCUGAUGUUGAACCGCCCGAAUUUGAGUGGGACCGGACUGUUUGCAUUCUGUUAAUCACUCACAUGCUUCUGUAUUUGACAAGCGGUGCAAAGGUCACUGAGGAACUGCUGAUAAUAUGUAGUGACAUCAGAGUGUAUUGAUUAAUAGUCACAUGUUAAUUGCAAUACUUGAAUACUUUCUGAGAAGGCACAUGUAACAUUUUGUCAAUAAGCUCAUACUAUUACUAAGAAACUCACAUAUGAUAGGGUGCAUAGGGUGCCAGCAUACCUAACAGCUUUUUAAUUGUAGCCAUAGUAGUAUUUAAAAUAUUUUCAAAUUCAUCUAUGCAUGAAUUUGUCAUUCUGUUACUUUAAUGGAAAUCAACCACGUAUACUGUAUCACGUUAACCAGGAUGUAGGCUCACCAACUGCACUCUAUGUUAACCACCAGACUAAGCCCUCGACUACACUACUGCCCCGCACUGACAAGCCAUGACUGAGUCUUCACUGUUAACUGUGUUCAAAUAUCAGCUCUGUGUUGCUGAUGUACAGUUGUGCCUUAAUUACCAAUAAAUACCCUUUAAAUUCA